AUGCUGCGGUGCUUGCUCCAACGAGCCACCCACCUUCCCAACUUGGAGAAGGGGGACAAGCAGAGCGACCCGGUGGCCAGUUUGACUUUCCGAGGGGUGAAGAAGAGGACUAAAGUCAUCAAGAACAAUGUGAACCCUGUGUGGAACGAGGGCUUUGAGUGGGACCUGAAGGGAACUCCCCUGGAGCCAGGUGCUGAGCUGACUGUGGUUGUGAAAGACCAUGAGACUGUGGGGAGAAACAGAUUUUUGGGAGAAGCCAGAGUCCCCCUGCGAGAUGUCCUCUCCUCCCCCAGCCUGGCAGCCUCCUACAACAUCCCCUUGCUGGACACCAAGAAGCAGAGCACUGGGGCUUUCCUCAUCCUGCAAGUGUCCUACCUGCCCCCACCCGGAGCUGUGCCCCUGUUUCCCCCUCCGGCUGCCCCUGAGCCGUCCCCGGCUGCUGCUGAGCCCGACACGGUCACUGGUAACCAGGAACCUCCUCCUGCAGCACCCUGGGGGCCCUACCCCUCACCCUGCAGCCCCACACCUGCUCCCACCUCACUCCUGUCCUCCACCUCCUUUCUCCCCCAUGCAGAGACAGCCGGAGAGGAGGAGACAGAGGAUCAGACGGUGACAGGAGAUGAGACAGAGCCCUCCUCCUCCUCAGGGCCCCCAGGACCUGAACCCCCCUUAGUGCCCCACAAGCCCCCCCACAUGCACCACCUGCAGGGCUUGAAGAGGAGGAGAAGCUCCCACAAAAAGCCCCUGUCCAACAAGCCACAGGACUUCCAGAUCAGGGUGAGGGUCAUAGAGGGCAGGCAGCUCCCUGGGGUCAACAUCAGGCCCGUGGUGAAGGUGACAGUUGCUGGGCAGACCAAGAGGACCAGGAUACGGAAAGGCAACAGCCCCUUCUUUGAUGAGACCUUCUUCUUCAACGUCUUCGAGUCUCCAGCUGAGCUCUUUGACGCUCCCAUCUUCAUCACAGUUGUGGACUCUCGGUCGUUCCGGACGGACUCACUGCUUGGGGAGUUCCGGAUGGACAUCGAGGCUGUCUACUCGGAGCCAAAACAUGCUUUUCUCAGGAAGUGGCUGUUGCUCUCUGACCCAGAGGACUUCUCUGCGGGUGCCAAGGGCUAUCUGAAAGUCAGCCUCUUCGUGCUGGGGCCUGGAGAUGAAGCACCUCUGGAGAAGAAGGAAGCCUCUGAAGACAAGGAAGACAUUGAGAGCAACCUCCUGCGCCCAACUGGGGUCACCCUGCGAGCAGCUCACUUCUGCCUGAAAAUCUUCAAAGCUGAAGACUUGCCCCAGAUGGAUGAUGCUGUCAUGGACAACGUUAGGCAGAUCUUUGGCUUUGAGAGCAACAAGAAGAACCUGGUGGAUCCCUUCGUGGAAGUCAGCUUCGCAGGCAAGACGCUCUACUCAAAGAUCCUGGAGAAGAAUGCCAACCCACAGUGGAACCAGAGCCUGACACUGCCAGCCAUGUUCCCUUCCAUGUGUGAGAAGAUGAGGAUCCGAGUGACCGACUGGGACAGAGUGACUCACAACGACGUCAUCGGCACUGCCUACCUCAGCAUGGCCAAGAUCUCGGCCCCUGGAGGGGAGCUGGAGGUGGAUGAUGGCCUUGGCUUCCUGCCAACCUUUGGUCCCUGCUACAUCAACCUGUACGGCAGUCCCCGGGAGUUCACCGGCUUCCCCGACCCCUACGAGACCCUCAAUCUGGGAAAGGGCGAGGGAGUUGCAUAUCGUGGCAGGGUGCUGGUGGAGCUGGAGACCAAAGUGGUGGAGCACGUGGAGCAGAAGGUGGAGGACAUCUCUGCAGAUGACAUCCUGCGGGUGGAGAAGUUCCUGCGCCGCCGGCGGUACUGCCUCUUCGCUGCCUUCUACUCGGCCACCAUGCUCCAGGACGUGGACGAUGCCAUCCAGUUCGAGGUCAGCAUCGGCAACUACGGCAACAAGUUUGACACCACCUGCCUGCCGCUGGCCUCCACCACGCAGUACAGCAGGGCUGUCUUCGAUGGCUGUCACUAUUACUACCUGCCCUGGGGCAAUGUGAAGCCUGUGGUGGUAUUGUCAUCCUACUGGGAAGAUAUCAGCGACCGGACUGACGCCCAGAACCUUCUCCUCUAUGCAGCAGAUAGGUUGGAAGCAAACCUGGAGAAGAUCCACCUGGCUCUCAAGGCCAAUCACUCUCCAAGUGAGCUGGAUGCUCUGGGUGCCCAGCUGGUGGAUGACAUCAUUGCUGACUGCAGCCUGAGCUUGCCUGAUGUCCUGAAGAAGCCAGCCAGCACCCACCUGGACCAGAACAUGUAUCGGUUCCGCAGCACCAACCUGGAGCAGAUAGUGAAGGCAGCCCUGAAGCUGAAGCACGAGGACUCGAGUCUGUCAGCAGCCCUGGAGCAGGCAGAGGACUGGCUCUCCAGGCUGAAGGCCAUGGCAGAGGAGCCCCAGAACAGCCUCCCCGAUGUGGUGAUCUGGAUGCUGCAGGGGGACAAGCGCCUGGCCUACGCCCGGCUGCCAGCACACGAGGUCCUCUUCUCCAGGAACAUCUCCAACUGCUGCGGCAAGAACUGUGGGAAGCUGCAGACCAUCUUCCUGAAGUACCCUCAGGAGGAGGCGAUGGGGGCGAGGAUCCCAGCCCAGAUCCGUGUGCGGCUGUGGCUGGGGCUGGCGGUGGACCAGAAGGAGUUCAACCAAUACGCCGAGGGCAGGCUCUCUGUCUUCGCUGAAACUUAUGAGAACCAGACCAAGCUGGCACUGGUUGGGAACUGGGGCACAACUGGCCUGACCUACCCCAAAUACUCAGAUGUCACUGGCAAGAUCAAGCUGCCCAAGGACAGCUUCCGCCCUUCCACCGGCUGGACCUGGGCUGGGGACUGGUUCAUCUGCCCCGAGAAGACGCUGCUGCAUGAUGUGGAUGCUGGGCACCUGAGCUUCGUGGAGGAGGUGUUUGAGAACCAGGUCCGGCUGCCUGGAGGCCAGUGGAUCCACAUGACUGAUGCCUACACAGAUGUGAACGGGGAGAAGGUCCUGCACAAGGAUGAGAUUGAGUGUCCUCCAGGCUGGAAAUGGGAAGAUGUGGAGUGGGACACAGAUCUCAACAGAGCUGUGGAUGAGAAAGGCUGGGAAUAUGGCAUCACCAUCCCCCCUGAGCGCAGGCCCAAGGCCUGGGUGCCAGCAGAGAAGAUGUACCACACCAACCGGCGCCGGCGCUGGGUGCGCCUCCGCCGCAGGGACCUGGCGCAGAUGGAGGCCAUGCGGAAGCUGCAGAAGCAGGAGGAGCUGGACGGGGAGGGCUGGGAGUACGCCUCGCUUUUCGGCUGGCGCUUCCACCUCAAGCAGCGCCGCACCGACAGCUUCCGCCGCCGCCGCUGGAGGCGCCGCAUGGAGCCCCUGGAGCGCACCGGCGCGGCCGCCGUCUUCGCCUUGGAGGGAGCUCUGGGUGGAGUGACAGAUGACAAGAGUGAUGAUGGCAAAUCCCUCUCCACCCUCAGUUUUGGUGUCAACAGACCCACCAUCUCCUGCAUAUUUGACUGUGGGAACAGGUACCACCUCCGCUGCUACAUGUACCAGGCACGGGAUCUGAUUGCCAUGGACAAGGACAGCUUCUCAGACCCAUAUGCCAUUGUCUCCUUCCUCCACCAAAGCCAGAAGACAGUGGUGAUCAAGAACACCUUGAACCCCACCUGGGACCAGACCCUCAUCUUCUAUGAGAUAGAGAUCUUUGGGGACCCACAGAGCAUAGCUGACUCCCCUCCUGACAUCGUGGUGGAAAUAUAUGACCAAGACACCUACGGUGCUGAUGAGUUCAUGGGGCGCUGCAUCUGCCGGCCCAGCCUGCAGCGCUCGCCGCGGCUCUCCUGGCACCCCGUCACCAGGGCCAACAGGAACGUUGGGGAGCUGCUUGCUGCCUUCGAGCUGAUCCAGAGGGACAAGCCAGCUGUCCAUCACAUCCCUGGCUUCGAGGUAAUUGAGCUGUCCUCCAGCCUGGAUGAGUCUGCUGACUCUGACCUGCCAUACCCCCCGCCCCAGCGGGAGGCCAACAUUUACAUGGUCCCUCAGGGCAUCAAACCCGUCCUGCAGCGCACAGCCAUCGAGACCCUGGCCUGGGGGCUGAGGAACCUCAAGAGCUACCAGCUGGCCAGUGUCACCUCUCCCAGCCUGCUGGUGGAAUGUGGAGGCCAAUUUGUGCAGUCCUGUGUCAUCAAGAACGUCAAGAAGAACCCCAACUUCGAUGUCUGUGUGCUCUACAUGGAAGUGCGUCUGCCCAAGGAAAGCCUCUACAGCCCCCCCCUCACCAUCAAGAUCAUCGACAACAGACCCUUUGGCCGCAGGCCUGUGGUGGGGCAGUGCACCGUCCGCGCCCUGCAGGGCUUCUACUGUGACCCCUACCGAGAGGAGAAGGAUGGACCCCAAGAGCAGCCAGAUGAUGUGAGCCUCACACCCAGGGAUGAUGUCCUCAUUGACAUUGAUGACAAAGAGCCUCUCAUUCCUCUCCAGGAGGAAGAAUUCAUUGACUGGUGGAGCAAAUUCUAUGCUUCCAUAGGAGAGAGGGAAAAAUGUGGCUGCUAUUUGGAGAAAGGCUUUGACACCUUGAAGGUCUAUGAGACAGAGCUGGAGAACGUGGAGGACUUUGAGUGCCUCUCUGACUUCUGCCACACCUUCAAGCUGUACCGCGGGCGGUCGCAGGACUCGAACGACGACCCCUCGGUGGUAGGGGAGUUCAAGGGCUCCUUCAAAAUCUACCCUCUGCCAGACGACCCUCGAGCCCCAGUUCCUCCUCGCCAGUUCCACCAGCUGCCAGCCAGGGGACCCCAGGAGUGUCUCGUCCGCGUCUACAUCGUCCGCGCCUUCCACCUCCAGCCCAAGGACACCAACGGGAAGUGUGAUCCCUAUGUGAAGAUUUCAGUAGGAAAGAAAUCCAUAAAUGACCAAGAGAAUUACCUGCCCUGCACGCUGGAGCCUGUCUUUGGGAAGAUGUUUGAGCUGAGCUGCACCCUGCCCCUGGAGAAGGACCUGAAGAUCACUCUCUAUGACUAUGACCUCCUGUCAAAGGAUGAGAAGAUUGGGGAGACCAUCAUAGACCUGGAGAACCGCUUCCUGUCCAAGUAUGGGGCACGCUGUGGCCUCCCCCAGACCUACUGCAUCUCGGGACCCAACCAGUGGCGAGACCAACUCCGUCCGUCGCAGCUGCUCCACCUCUUCUCCCUGCAGCACAACUACAAGGCUCCCAUCUACAAGCCUGACAGGAUCACCUUCAGGGAGCAGGAGUACAUCCUUUCUGAACUGGAGGACAGCAAACCCUUCAACCCCCACCUGGGGCCGGCGGAGGAGCGCCUCGCCCUGCACGCCCUGCGCAGGCAGGGGCUGGUGCCGGAGCACGUGGAGACCAGACGCCUCUACAGCCCUCUGCAGCCAGAGAUUGAGCAGGGAAAGCUACAGAUGUGGGUGGACCUGUUCCCCAAAUCCUUGGGUCAGCCUGGGCCCCCUUUCAACAUCACCCCACGCAAAGCCAAGAGGUUCUUCCUGCGCUGCAUCGUCUGGAACACCAAGGACGUCAUCCUGGAUGACCUCAGCAUCACUGGGGAGAAGAUGAGUGACAUCUAUGUCAAAGGCUGGCUGGUUGGCCACGAGGAGAACAAGCAGAAGACAGAUGUGCACUACAGGUCCAUGGGAGGAGAGGGCAACUUCAACUGGAGGUUCAUCUUCCCCUUUGACUAUCUCCCUGCUGAGCAAAUGUGUUAUGUCUCAAAAAAGGAGCACUUCUGGAGCUUGGACAAGACAGAAAACAAGAUUCCACCCCAGCUGAUCUUCCAGAUUUGGGACAAUGACAAGUUCUCCUUUGAUGACUAUUUGGGCUCCAUUCAGAUGGAUCUCAACAAGAUGCCUAAACCUGCCAAGACUGCUGAGAAGUGCUCCUUGGAGCUGGUAGAUGAAGCUUUGUCUGCCAGUCGCUUUGUGUCCCUCUUUGAGCAGAAAACUGUCAAGGGCUGGUGGCCCUGUGUGGCUGAGCAGAAUCAGAAGAGGAUCCUGGCGGGCAAAUUGGAGAUGACUUUGGAAAUCGUGGCAGAACAAGAGCAUGAAGAGAGGCCAGCUGGCAUGGGUCGAGAUGAGCCCAAUAUGAACCCCAAGCUGGAGGACCCCAAGCGCCCAGAAACCUCCUUCCUGUGGUUCACCUCCCCAUACAAGACCCUGAAGUACAUCCUGUGGAGACGGUACAAGUGGGCGCUGCUCCUGGCCCUCCUGCUCUUCAUCCUGCUGCUCUUCCUGGGAAUCUUCAUCUACGCCUUCCCGAACUACGCUGCUAUGAAACUGGUGAAACCUUUCAACUGA